AUGAACGAGGUCGAUUUCGACGUAUCCUUCACGCCCUGGAGAUGGGCGGUCACUUCACUGUUCGGCUUUCUGCCCCUGCUGCUUAACUUAGGGUUUUUCGUUGUCGUGCUAGGCGCUCUCCCAGCAUGGCGCUGGCUUUCUGCAAGGCAGCGGGGCCGCGCAGAGAGUCAAGCGCCUCCACCAUACCAAGAACGAGACAUAAAAAGAGAGAAGCUACAAGAAGAAGAUACUGAGGAAAUCAAGUCUACUUGA